AUGGGCUGCAAUUCGAGCAAGGAUAAGAAGAACCUUCCACCGCACGACCCAGUGGCCGGGGUGAAUCCGGUGUACUCGUCCGUGUAUUCCACCUAUGAUCAAAGCAUCCAAGGAGGAGCCCCGGUGUCGACUUAUGGCUCGGCCUACGGUGCGGCACCGGCGGAAGACGAGGAGGGCAAAAGCGGAUAUAUGGAUUUGGCUACGGACACGAUCUACCAGACGCCGAUGAGUCAACUGGGCGAGCCGGAUCCCGCACGAAUCGCAGCCGCCGGGCCGUCAAGUGAACAC